GGAGAGAUUUGCAUAGAACCUCACUUCCUGGUGGAGAGCUGGGCUUGACUCAGCAAUUUAUUACCUGGCUGCGAAGGAGGAAAGGCCCCAAGGAGAGGCCUGAGGAGGAGAGCCCCACAGCAAGUGGGCAAGCAGGCCCUUCUCUCUGCUCAGGGCUGCUAUUUCCAUUUGGUAUAUAUUUUCUUUGGAAUAUCGAAAUGACCUCCUUCACAGGUUCUGUAAAUGGUCGAAGUAUACCAGUUGAAGUUGAUGAAACUGGAGAUUGGUCCUCAUUUCCAGAACAUUCUGCAGAGGAGAGUUUGGAUCCUUCUGAUGAAAAUAUAGAGAACUUGGUGCCCGUGGGAUCUUACUCAUCUUCUCAUGGAUUGGCUGGGCAGUCAGGUUUUUACAAGCAUCAUAGUGAUUCAGAUAAUAAUAAUACUGUAUUGGAGGCACAUGACCAAAAUUUCCAGCAAAAAUUUCAGGAUUCUAGAAGGGAGCUAUUUACUGGUCCAUCCUGUGAGUCAACAGCCUCAUCAAGACUUAAUCUUUUAUCUGCAAACACAACAAACCAACUGCUGAGGUCUCAACCUUCAACUGUUAGUCCUGAUACUGGACAAAAUUCUGAUAGCUUGCACAGAAGUUCAUCUGAUCUCUCCCAAAGUUCACUUGGAGAAAGUCAUGAUAGUGUGGAAUCAAGCCAGGUUCAGAGUAACAGAACAUCACUGGACCUACAAACAGAAGAUGCUGGAUAUGAUUCCCAACCUCUGGAUGUUAUGGGCAUUCGACAGCUAGAACCUCCAUUGCCACUUACAUCUCUCUUUAACCUGCAGGAUCUCCCCAGGCCUCUGAUGUCCAGAGAGUUUCCACGGGUGGACCCCAGACCAUACCCUGUGCUCCCACAAAUACCCCGACCUCCAAUUUCCCCACAAGCUCAGUGGCAUCCUAGAUACUACAUCCCUGAUGAUGUAUACUGCCAGAAUCCAUAUGGGAAAACACCUCAACACCAUUUUGCAAACCUACCUCAGCAACAACAUCCUAUGCCUGGCCCUUGUGUACCUGCUCGGCAAGUAAUCCCAAAUUACUCCAGUCCAUAUGUCCUCAAAUGCAAUGAAGAAAAACUCCCACAAAGACAAAUCCCUUCAGCAGAACGUCUAAGAUUCCAUGGCCAGUUUCAGAACCAGAUAGUUGAUGGAAGACUAUCAUCCAAGUCUUACGGUGCCCAUGAGGAUCUGUAUAGGUGCCCUCCUGAUUCUGUGGCUCAAGCCAACAUCCCGCCAUGUCCAGUUGCCAUCCCAGGACCUCUAAGAAAUUUUGAAGUGAGGGGGACACUGAAGACAAGUAAUUUGCCAGAAGAGCUGCGUAAAGUCUUUAUAACCUAUUCUGUGGAUGCAGCUGUGGAAGUCAUGAAAUUUGUGAACUUUUUGUUUGUAAAUGGAUUUCAGACUGCUAUUGAUAUAUUUGAGGACACAGUUCGAGGAAUCGACAUUAUCAAGUGGAUGGAACGCUACCUAAGUGAUAAGACAGUGAUGAUCAUCAUAGCAAUCAGUCCAAAAUACAAACAGGAUGUAGAAGGGGCUGAAUCCCAGCUGGACAGGGAUGAACAUGGCUUACAUACUAAAUACAUUCACAGGAUGAUGCAGAUUGAGUUCAUACAGCAAGGAAGCAUGAACUUUAGAUUCAUUCCUGUGCUUUUUCCCAAUGCAAAAAAGGAACAUGUACCUACUUGGCUUCAGAACACUCACAUCUACAGUUGGCCCCAAAACAAAAAGAACAUUCUGCUGCGGUUGCUGAGAGAAGAGGAGUAUGUUGCUCCUCCAAUAGGACCUUUGCCCACUCUCCAGGUUGUGCCAUUAUGAAUGUAUUUUCAAGUGCAUAGGAAACAAUUGUUAUAUGACUCUUUUGGCCACCAGCCAAGAUUUUUCCGGCUUUGCUUUUUAGGUGAUGAAAAGCAUAUGCACACUCACUCUUUCCCCCGCCAAUAGAAUUGUCUUGGGAUAAUGCAAGCCCAUGUGUUUGCUUUUAUGCUGAAUGUUUCCUUCUGCAAAUGAUCAGGCACACUGUUUCUCUGUCAGUGUUUAAACAAACUGCAAAUGGAAAGAAUGUCCCCAUCAUUUUCUCUUCUGUUUCUGGCAACUUACUUUUUAAGGCUGUGGCAGGGCAAGUAAGCAGUAUAAAUGAUGCUGAAAUAAGCAAAACAUUUGCCUACCCUGCCUUGCUCAGAGUUCCUUUUGUUAUCUGCCAGAUGUUAUUGCAUUGUGCGAUAGUCUCUCACAGUCAUUUUGUGUACACAAUAAAAGUGUUGUCUUUCCUA